GAGCCCACGGCGUCCAGGGGAAGGCGAGGCCGAAGGCUCUCUCGUGGCCAAUGGCCGGGCUUCCGAGCCCCGCCGACUCCUCCCGACCGCGCCCGGCGGGGGCUAGGGGAAGGCUCCGGCGGGCGGCCAUGAUCCUGGCGCACGUCUGCGGGUUGACCCAGUGCAAGAAAAGGUACCUUGAAAAGAGUUGAGCAGCAGGAUGGGCACUGUUUUACUUGAACAUAAAGAACCAUUCAGCUAAUGAACUUUUAUUCAGCAUGAGCAAUUAUCCUAAAUAUAACUUGAGCAAAGAAUUUGGAAAGCUGAAAACAUUGUUGUUCGUUCAGCCUAAGCAAAGAAGCCAAGAAAAUCUCAGAGAGUCAGCCAUCCACAGUUUCUUCCAAGACUUCAUUCUCAGCUGCUAGGGAGAAAACACUCAACACCAAAAAACCUCAGCUCCAGGUGCUCCAGUAUUGCCUCAAGGAUUACAGCUGGAACAAGGAUUACAGUUGUGGAAUGAGAUAGAUAAUGCUUGUUUGUCUUUCCUGUCCAUGGAUCCUCUGCCUCAGGGAAACAUCCAGACCCUGUCCACCUGUGGAUGGCUGCAAGAAAGAAGAAAUUAACACAUCCCCUCCCCGAGGCUGGCCAUUCCAGGGGAUAUUGCAAAACGCAUCCAGUGCAUUGGAGGAGCUUUGCUUCAUAAUUAUGGGGACUCUACCAAAGCCCCAGGAAACAGAUGAAAAAGAUAAUACCAAAAGGUUCUUAUUUCAUUAUUCGAAGACACAAAAGUUGGGCAAUUCAAAUGCUGUGUCAUCUGUCCUGCAUCCGCUGCUGCAGCUCGUUCCACAACUGCAUGAGAAAAGAAUGAAGAGGUUCAAAGUGGACGAAGAAUUCCAAGGUCCUAUUACAGGCCAAAGUAGAGGAUUCUUUUUAUUCAGGCCACGCAAUGGAAGAAGGUCAGAAGGUUACAUUUAAAAUGAGUCCCUGAAUUUCACUUCUUGUCAACCCACGUGAAGAACAUGAGAAAGAAGGAGCAGAAGAGAACAAAAAGUAUCUUCUUUAAAAAAUGAAUUGCCUUGAUGAGAUGCGGACUUGAGACAGAGAAUGUUGCCAGAGCUGCUCCAGGUCUUUGCUCAAAACCUGCCAACCCCCACUUUUAGCAAGAGUUAACAUAAAUCUUUAAAGGGUCCAGAAAUAAAAAAGGAAGCUACAAACAAACAAAAACCAGAUGGAACCAGCUAGGACCAAGAUGGUGACAGAUCUGACCUCCAACAGACCCUGAAUCUCAUUAUAUGCUGAUUUUACUACAUUAGCAUAUUAAAUGACAUGCCUACUGGUGGCCAAGACUGGAUAUUAAGGACCAAAAAAGGAUAAAAAGGGGUGGCACUCCAUUCCCUUGGAAAAAAACUCUGCCUCUUCCCCAGUAGACUAAUGCAUAUGCCUCCCCAUCAUUAACCUCACUCCUCCUCCCUUUGUCUUUACUCUUUAAAAUUAAAGCCCUCUGGACACGUGGGCAAGAAGUGGAUCUGUGAACUUAGUUCCUGCUUCUCCAUUCUUUGGCCACUGAAUAAAGCUUGUGCUGUGUUGAUCUCA